UAUUCCAUUUUAAUUUAUUUACUUCAAUAAACCAUUUCCCCCCUGAAAACCGUGUUUUGCCCAUUUUAAGGCGUUUACGACCGCAUAAGCAAAUAUAACUGUAAGUAACGUUCUUGCCUUUACACAACUUUUAUUUUGAUAGCAUGGCAGGCAGCUUAGGCUACUCUAUGGCUUCCACGAACGCCAGAAACUGAUUUCCCUUUGUUUACAGCAUCAGCGGCACCGUCGCUGUCAGUUCGAGUGGUUUUCGCAUAAACGUGCACGCGCUUCUCGCGUGACCACAAGUCUCCGUUCGGUAUCAAACGCGCUCAUCCGUGGGGGGUUUAUACCCGGAGCGAGUCGAUCGCGGGGGACGAUGUUAACGGUUCUGGCGGUUUGAGGGUGCGCGUUCAUCUCCGAGUCGCCCGACAUGUCUCACUCCUCCAAGCCCCGAUCCCACCCCUGCGGCCUUUGCGACAAGUCGUUUCCCCAGAUCUCCAUGCUCGCCAAGCACCAGCAGGUCCACGCCGAAGACAAGCCCUACAAAUGUCCCUACUGCGACAAGUCUUUCACUCUGUCUUCUCGUCUGGUCCUGCACAAACGCACCCACGCUGGGGAGAAGCCUCACACCUGCCGGCUGUGCUCCAAGACCUUCAUCUCUUCGUCCCACCUGUCCCUGCACCUGCGCUCGCACACCGGCGAGAGGAAGUACAAAUGCAGCGUGUGUUCCAAAAUGUUCAUGCAGUCGUCGCAGCUGAUGCGCCACAAGACCAUCCACACCGGAGAGAAACCCUUCAAAUGCCCGGAUUGCAAUAAAUGCUUCGGGCGCGCCUCGCACCUGAAAACCCACCGAAGGCUCCACACCGGCGAAAAACCCUUUAAGUGCACGCAGUGCGACAGGGCGUUCACGCAAAAGGCCGGACUCAUUAUACACUUGCGCUUGCACACCGGUGAGCGCCCUUUUAAGUGUGACAAAUGCGGCAAGGCCUUCCGUACCUCAGCCCAUCUGCUCAACCAUCAGGCUCUGGAGCUGGGAGAGGGCAGGUACGUCUGCGCCGCGUGCAACAAGGGCUUCCGGUCGGUGUCCAUGCUGAAACAACACGAGAAGAGCCACCAGGGCGGCGGGAUGCUGUGCUGCAGCGUGUGCUCGGGGCCCUUCGCCCCUUCCUCCUACCUGCAGCUCCAGGUGCACUUGCGAAACGGAGAGCAGCUCUUCCACUGCAAGGUGUGCAACAAGAUCUUCGCGAAGAUGUCCACUUUCGAGAAACACUGCAAAAGGCACCAGGCGGAGGCGGACGGAGGCGAGGACGAGGAAGCGAAGGAGGAGGAUACCCGCGACCCCCCGUUCGAGCUGCAUGCCGCCGCGUCUCCAUCGGCGUCCACGUCCGAAGUCAACACGCGCUCCAAAACGAGAGCCAAAAUUAGGAGCACGAUGGAAAGCUCGUGAGAAUUCGUGUUCGCUUUGUGUCUUUUUGUGUGUGAUAUAAACGAUGCUUUCAUAUGCUCUUAGCUGACCACGAGCGCUUGCUUUUGCACAUGUUUUCACAAUUUCUUUUAUUAUUCUUUUGUCAAAAAAAAAAAUGGUACGGUAUCUUAUCAGCUUUGAAGAUGCUGGCAGUGCAUAGUUAGUUUAAAUUCCACUUUGUGUGGGGAGGAACCGAUUCUUUACUUCGUUUUGCACAAUCCCAUGAAAAAUACUAAAACGUAGUACUGUACAUACUGUAUGUAAAAAUCUAAGAGAAUCAGGAGGAACAAAGUGUCCGUUCUGCUAAGAAUGUAAUAGCUAUUCAGCAGAAAUCAGCACAGAACAUGUUGAAACACGUUCAGAUGGGGCCAGACCAUUUCGUAAUGCACAAUUGCUGAACUUUAUGUUUAUGUAAUACGGUGUAAUACUGGUGUGCAAUCGGCUGCUUGCAACCGACGAAUACAGAGGAUGUAUAAACGCUAGAAGCUUUGUCAGUUUAUGCAGGAUUAUCAUAAUCCACAGUGUAUUAUGCAGCGAGCAAUGAUCGAUUAUUCUGCUAAUGCAACAUUUAUUUAAAAUAAAAACGUGAAAUAUUGUAAAAAUAAAUUUCUGCAGUCGUUUCCGUUUUAUCGCAAAAUUUAUAUUGUGUAUGCCGCGGCUGACGUCCGCCUGGGGGUCAGCGUAUCUAAACAAUGAAUAUUCAGCUAUGUGCAUUUUAUGUGCACACGUAGAAGUUUAUUGUCGUUUUUUUAACUGAUUGAAUGCAUCCUUGUUGAUUGUUAGUUUCUUUCAAAAAACCCUAACUGACCUCAAACAUAUGAACUGUGACAUGUUUCAUUUUCAAAGGCACACAUAUGCUGUCCAACCUUAGGGCGGGAGCGUAUAACGCAUGACAUUUAUUUAGUUAUUUUGUAUAAGUUUUGGAAAACAAAACAAAAUGGGGAUGAUUUUGCCCUCUUACUUCCAGUGAGUCAAAAUAACUUGCUAUGUUCAUCCAGCUUUAUAUGAAAUACAAUAAAAUGUUAACAAAUGA